ACCACCGCCCGGCUCAUUUAAAUCUUAAAUUAGGCCAGAUGGAAAGUGAAGAAAGAGACCUUUACCGAUAAUUACUGGCAAUUUAGUCCCCUGCACCCAUACAUGCUAUGUAUUUACAGUUCUGUGCUAGGUCUACAGUGAGUAAAGUAUUCACCCUCUCUUCAACUAUAAAAUGACACUCUCCUCCACUUCCAAAAUUCUGUGAUUCUUAUGUGGUGUUGAGUAUGUCUGCUGAAAACAGUGUGAAAGAGAUGUAAUUAUUCCCGGUGGCGUGUUGAGUUCCCCCACCCCCUUUUUAAAGAGAGCAACCCAAGUUGGAGUUUAGAAUGAAGUACUACAUUGGGUGCCUAGGAGUUAUAAGUAAGAAAGCACUCCCAGAGGUAGAUAGAAACGUUAUCAUUUAUUAAUUUUGUGUCUGGCUGAGUUAGGAAAGGAAAUUAGGAUGAUAACAACUAAGUAUGAGUUUUGGAGUCCAGCAGAUUGAAAAUGUCAAGUUUUGGUGUUCAGGAGCUGAUUAGUGAUCUUAGGGGAGCAGUUUCUGGAGCAGAAUGACUCGGUGAGCACAAGACUGGAGGCAUCUGGUCUACCCAGAGGAGAGCAGACAGUAACUUCAAGCCUCCAUCCAGAGACAGGAUCUGGGCCCAAAAUCAGGUCCAGCACAGCCCCAGCCCAUUUAAGGAAGGUGUUGGUGCAGCAUGAAGGUGAAAUAAUGUUUUCUUGUGAAAGCAAACAUGUACUACGUGUGCAUGUUAACCCGGCAUUAUCCAUAGGAAAGUUAAAGGAACAUACAAACAGAUAAGAAGUGAGAUCCUGACCUUUGACUAACUCUGAAUUGUAAUACACCUCUUACUAGCAUGAAUAUUUUUUCUUAUAUGUGUUAAGUAAAGCAAUCUGAAGAAAGCCCAGGACCUCAGAAAUUCUGACUUGAGUAAGUUGUACUGCCCAAGCCAAGAGUAAGAGUGAAGAGAAAUCUUUGUCUCCUCCUGGAAGGAUGGAGGCAGAAGGACAGCAGCCAUGGAAGACAGACUUUUAUGUGGAAUUGCCAAAAGUGGAACUUCAUGCCCACUUGAAUGGCUCCAUUAGUUCCAAUACCAUGAAGAAAUUAAUAGCCAAGAAGCCACAUCUUAAAGUUCAUGAUCACAUGACCAUGAUUGACAAGGGAAAGAAAAGGACUUUAGAAGAAUGUUUCCAGAUGUUCCAAGUUAUUCACCAGCUUACUACUAGUGCUGAGGACAUUCUAAUGGAAGUCAAAGGGAUGCUUUCAAGAAGGGAGAGAAAGCCAGGACUGCCACUAGGCAGGCAGAGGCAGGAGAAUCAGGUCACAAAGGAUGUCAUUAAGGAGUUUGCAGACGAUGGUGUCAAGUACCUGGAGCUGAGGAGCACCCCCAGAGGAGAGAACGCUACCGGAAUGACGAAGAAGACUUACGUGGAAUCCAUUCUUGAAGGCAUAAAACAGUGCAAACAAGAAAACUUAGAUAUUGAUGUUAGGUAUUUGAUGGCAAUUGACAGAAGAGGUGGCCUGACAGUAGCCAAGGAGACUGUUAAACUUGCUAAAGAGUUCUUCCUCUCUACUGAGGAUACAGUUCUUGGCCUUGACCUCAGUGGAGACCCUACUAUAGGACAAGCAAAAGACUUCUUGGAACCUCUUCUAGAAGCUAAAAAAGCAGGUCUGAAGUUGGCAUUGCAUCUUGCAGAGGUUCCAAAUAAGAAAAAAGAAACACAAAUGCUGUUGGAUCUGCUUCCUGACAGAAUCGGGCACGGAACAUUCCUCAACUCCUGCGAGGGAGGAUCCCUGGAUCAGGUGGAUUUUGUGAGGCAACACCAGAUACCUCUGGAACUUUGUUUGACCUCAAACAUCAAAAGCCAGACAGUUCCCUCUUAUGACCAGCAUCAUUUUGGAUUCUGGUACAGCAUUGCUCAUCCUUCUGUGAUCUGUACCGAUGAUAAGGGUGUUUUUGCGACAUACCUUUCUCAAGAAUAUCGACUGGCAGCAGAAACAUUUAAUUUGACCCCAUCUCAGGUGUGGGAUCUGUCUUAUGAAUCCAUCAGCUACAUCUUCGCUUCUAACAACACCAGAUCUGAACUGAGAAAGAGGUGGAAUCACCUGAAGCCCAAAGUGCUACACUUUUAAGCUGGGAUGAGGUGAACUGCUUUCGAUUAUAUGCUGUAACCGUCUCUCCUGCCACGUCCCACUCAGUGAACUGUCCACUACUUCCUUGAAGCUCAGUACCAGAUAUAUGUGGGGUCAUGACACCAGCACCUUACGUAUGGUAAAUGCUUGUAAUACCUCAGACUAAGAGCACCGAGGCCUGGCCUGCUUCAUCUACAUGCUGCUGCUGGAGGACGGGAGGGCCGUUAGCCAGAUCCCUCUUUCCACUAGUGACUUUUUCAGUUACCGCUCCCUCUCAGGUCGUGAUCAUAAACCUUCUGAGAAGCUGAAGCUGUUUGUCUUCGGGAAGACCUCGGUGUUUCGUCAAUCAGACUCCCUCCGCUUCCUUUAACCCUUACAAGUGUUAUUUCUCAAGACUGUCGAUGCCAGGCCACAUUGCACACCAAAACCAUUUGUGUGGGUGCCUAGUUGUCAGGUGACUGAGUGACAAAGCUAGACUCUGCCUUGCCCAUCUCGUAAUAUCUUUAGAAAUAUAUAAAGGGAUUGAAGUAAUUUCUUCAGUUUAAGAAAAGGAAAGAAUUGCUGGCUCGAAGUGAGAAAGACAUAGGCUGGAGCUUCAGUUUUCAAAUCAGCUUCUGUUUAGCUUUCUUUGUGGAAGCUGCCAGGACUCACUUCGAAGAUCGUUCUAGGAAUGGUAGCAUUGUGGCUUCUAGGGUUCUUAGAUCUCCUAUGACCUCAUGCCCACAGGCACAGGCUUACAUAAACACAUAUAUACCAUGGCCACUUUAGCCCAACACAAGGACAACUAAGAUUGGCUCUGCGAGGUAAGAAAAUGACUUAACAGGUAGCAAAUGUCCUGGUUAGCUUUUUCAACUUGACACAAGCUAGAGUCAUUUGGGAAGAAGAACCCUAAACUGAGAAAAUGCUCCCACCAGAUUGGCCUAAUCAGUGCUUUAUCAGUUGUGGGCCCAUCCCACAGAAGGUGAUGCCACCCCAGGCAGGUGGUUCUGGGUGGAAUAAGAAAAGAAAUUGAUCGAACCACAUGAGCAAGCCAGUAGGCAGCAUUCCUCCAUUGCUUCAGCUCCAGUUUCUGCCUCAACUUUCUAGGAUGAUGGACUACAAAUUACAAGAGGAAAUAAAACUCUUUCUUCCUCAGGUUGCUUUUGGUUAUGGUGUUUUAUCACAGCAUUAAAAACCCUAAAACAGUUAA